UAUAAGGGGACUGAUAUAUAUAUAUAUAUAUAUAUAUAUAUAUAUACAACAACCCGAUAAGGCUCUAGCUUAGUAAAAGAGUCUUUCUUGGAUACAUAUACAUGGGAAAAAAUCUUAUACUCUCCUAAAAGUAGGCCACUUUCCAUGCCUUUCUUUCUUUCUAAUCGCUCAAACCUUUUCCUUCACUGACUUAAGAGACUGAUCUGGAGGAAUUGGUUAGCCUAAUUAAUCAGAUUUUCCAUCAAUUAAUCUGCUGCAUCAGCAAGUUUGGUGGUCAAAUUUAACUGCCAUGGCUACUCUUAAUCUUAAGUUUGAGCCAGAUGCUGCAGGUACGUAAGACAAACGAGUAUAUGGGAGCUGGGGGUGCCAAGGCAGCAUCAGACCUACAGGAAUGACAGAGCAUGCAUGCGUGGGUUUCAACACCAUUUUCAAAUUCACCGCCAACUCAUUACAUCCUAAAAGUAGAGUCCUUUUCGUCUUUAGAGAGGCAUUCAGCAGGUAGAUUUGAGUCAGGGCAGUUCGAUGCUGGAGGAUACAAAUGGAAACUGGCGGUGUACCCAAAUGGAUACAAGCAGAAGAAUGUGGAUGACCACAUCUCUGUCUACUUAGAAAUGGCUGGAGCAGAUUCACUUCAGACUGGUUGGGAAGUAUUUGUUGAGUUUAGAUUGUUUUUACUUGAUCAGAAUAAGGGAAUCUACUUGGUUCUUCAGGAUGCUAAUCUAAACAAGAUGUGCUUACACGGGGCGAUGUUUGAAGUGGGUUUCGAUAGAGUUAUCCCUCUGAAUGCAUUUACUGAUUCUUCCAACGGCUAUCUGAUUAAUGAUACUUGUGUGUUUGGAGCCGAGGUCUUUGUUUGUAAAGAAAGAAGAGCUGGCAAAGCAGAACGCCUAUACGCGAUCAACAGUGCUAUGUACAAGCAUCCUUGGAAAGUUUAUAUACCUUUAAAGUUCAGACCUGAACUCUUGGAAUCAAAGCCAUUCUUUGCUGGAGGACAGACAUGGAAGAUACGUCUCUAUCCCAAGGGAUAUGACAAAGGAAAGGAUACUCAUGUUUCUCUUUACUUAACAUUGGCUAAUCCAGAACCUGCCUCCAAAAUACUUACAGAGUUUACUCUGCGCAUCGUUGAUCAAUUGAAUGGCAAGCAUUUUUUUUGUAAAGGUUGUCAAUGGUUCAGUGCCUUGACUCCCUCUUUCGGUUUCUCUAGGUUGAUUGCAUUUGACAUUUUGAAACAGUUAGACAAGGGUUUUUUGGUUCAGAGCUAUUGCUUAGUGGAGGCAGAGGUCAAUGUCCAUGGAAUUUUUACAGCAUUGUAGUCAGUUAAAGCUUGUCCUAACAGCCACUUGCUGUUGCUGUCAAACAGAAACGUUUCUCCAAUUCAAUAUUGGAAACACAACAACAGGAUAUAAUGAUCCUUAUUUGAAGUUGUUUUCUGGUGCUUCUUUAAACAACACAAUUUGGUGUUAGUUUCUAUUUGCAAAUUAGAAUUUUAUCAUUUGCAUGUCUACAUUUUGAGCUUUGCUAAGCAAGUCGGAAGGAGAGUCUAUACUUCACUGCUCUACAUGUGGUUUGGCUUUUUUCUCCUUGUUUUUUUAAGGUUUUAUGUAAGUUUUGGUGAAACUCUAAAUACCAAAACAACAAGAUGAAUAAUCGUAAACCCAAAAAAACAUUGUAGCCA